UCCUACUUUUAAGCAACAAUAUGAACCUGAGUUCCGAUACAGCCGAAGUUUCGCAGGAGAAACUACUUUCAUUGGUGGCUGAGCGCCUCAUUGAUUCGAACAGUAAUGUCGACAAUAAAGAUGUCGGAUAUGUCGAAAAUCAGCUGCGGAAUAUUGCAGAUGCGAUAGAUUUACUCCCUCGUCUUGCAACCGGGAUUGAUGUAAAUAUCAAGUUCAGGAGAACAGAUGAUUUCGAGUUCACUUCCGAGUGUGCCAUAUUCGAUCUGCUUGAUAUUCCUCUCUAUCAUGGUUGGAUAGUUGAUCCCCAGGAUCAUGAAACUGCUUGUGCCAUCGGGUCGAAAUCCUAUAAUGCGAUCAUGGAAGAGCUUGUUGCAUUGGAAGCACGGAAUAUGGAGGCUUCGCAUAAGAUUAAGCCCGGGGAUUGUGUGGAUUCUGCUGCAACAACUGCCACUCUGGGAGUCCCCUCUCCUAGCCUAUCGAAAUCCAAAUCUGUUGACGAUUCUCCUCGUUUUGAUUCUGGUCGGAAAUUAAGAAAAGGGGAUCUUGAUGAGGAAGCAGAGCUAUUGAGAGUCUUGAAAUUAUCGGAGGCCGACUCGCAAACCUCAAUUGGUGUUGAAAAUCCGAUCCCGCAGCGGAUGGAACCUUCCUUAUCAGAUAAUGGCACUUCCUUGAGCAAUGAUAGUGGAAGGAAGACACAUUUUGAGACCCUCGAAAGGGAAGAGUCCCCGAAGAUUGAUGGGAUUAUUCAGGAUCAGUUAUCUUGUGCUAAACCCGAAGAAUUAACUCUUCCAAAGGAUGCUCUUCCAAAGGAUGUGGUUGAGAAGAGUGAUGUCGUGACACCGAUGGUUAAUGGGAGUAUCGCCUCUACGGAUGGAAAGAACACUGACAUUCCCCGGGGGGUUGAAAAAUUCGAGAUUCAAUUCGCUUCUGCAACUGAUGCUCGUGACAUUCCAGACAAUGUGAAUGGCUGUGACACGACAAAAGCAUCAUCCGUGUCUUUACAAAAUGCUGAUUCAGAUUCUUCUAGUAGCAGAAUAAAUCAUCGAAAUGUGCCUGGAAGUGAACCUAUAUAUGAAGGAGAAGACAGCAUAGUGGACUCUGCAGCAACACCACAUGAACACCGGGAGCCUUUCUACGAAGGCGAGCCAACUCUUGCAAAACAAGCUAACAAAAGCGCAGUAGAUGACUGCAAUGCAAGGUCCAAAGAUGAAAUCACUCCACAACAAGGAGAACUGAUUGAAAACUUCUUGAAGAACAAUGCCAGUCAAUUAACCUUUUUCGGGCUUUUUUGCUUACAAGAAGGACUUAAAGAACGCGAGCUUUGUGUUUUCUUCCGUAACAACCAUUUCAGCACCAUGUUUAAGUAUGAUGGUGAACUCUACCUUUUAGCUACUGACCUAGGAUAUCUAAAUCAGCCGAACCUAGUUUGGGAGAAACUAAACGAGGUCAAUGGAGACACGCUGUUUAUGACUGGAAACUUCAAGGAAUUCAAGGUGGAUAAUAGUCAUGCCACUGGUACAUGGGAUGAACAAAAUGCAAUGGCUACUACUGCUGACUACAUUGCCAGCAUCGAUAACGCAGUGCAAGCCGGGAUGGACGUUAACUCGGAUUUUCAGCUCGCAAUAGCUCUGCAACAGCAAGAGUUCGAAGAAGAGCCACCACCGAGUGUUGGUGGUUCAAGAUUAGUAACAAGUCCCCAGAUGAAGAGAAGCAGCGGAAGGAGCUCUUCAUCUUCGUCUUCAUCAUCAUCGCCGAAGCGAGACCAGAAAUCAAAAGAUAUGUGUAUUGUGAUGUAAGCUUUUGGCAUAAAUUAAUU